AGUGUCUGGGUUGUUGUUCCCCGGGGUUCCACUAGAUGUCCUCCUUCUCACGGUGCCUGUCCCAGAUCACUUCCUGUUCCCUUAUAUGGUCACCUUCCUCCUUGUUACCUGAUUGAUUGUUCACCCCACCUGUCUCCUGUUUCCCAAUUAUCCUUCUGUGUAUAAAUACCCAGUCUGUCUUAGUCUAUGUCACGGAGUCCUUGUCUGAUGUCAUUGUGUUUCAGGUCCAUCAGUCUUGCUUUGUCUUACCCUAUGUGUCUCAUUCUCUCGUUCCACCAGACUUCCUCUACCUUUCCAUUCUUCCGAGUUCCCCGUUUCAUCCGGUUCCCUUUUUGUUUGAUUUGUCUCUCAUGACUGUUUAUUUUGUAUUUACCCCUCUGUUUAAAUAAAACCCUUACCUGCAUUUGGAUCUACCCUCUCUUUGUGUUUUUCCCCAAUACCUAUCGUGACAGAAGGACUCCGUCAUGCCUAGAUCCAGCGGUGUGGGAUUUCGAAUCGGUUCCCCAGCCACCAUGGAGGAACGGAGGGGGAGAUACCAGAACUUAAUCACCCUUCAUCAAGAGGGAAGUGAGGUGGGUGGCCUGGCGCAAUUGUUUUGGACUAUGGCAGUCGGGCUAGGUUACAAUGAUGCAGCACUAAAGGAUUUAUUUAAUAAUUGCCUGGAUGAUCCUUUACCUUCAUGGGAGAUGAAGGGGUUAGAGAUACUGGACUUUUGGGGGUUUACCAAUUACCUGCACCAUCGUGCCCAGUGGAAUGCAACAACCACACCAGAGUGUCCAGACAAGGCUGCCAGCUCAGCCCCACAGCACAAGAUGGGCGCCAGCCCAACCCCACAACCCAAGAUGGCCACCAGCCCAGCCCCACAGCCCAAGAUGGCCGCCAACCUAGCGUCACAGCCCAAGAUGGCCGCCAGCCCUGCACCACAGCACAAGAUGGUCGACUCAACGCCACCAACUCCCCAUCGUAGAGGGCGGAGGAGGAGACAGGCAGCUGCUGUUUCCGAGGCGGGGCCCGAUGCAGUUCCCGAGGCGAAGCCUGAUGCAGUUCCCGAUGCAGUUCCCGAGGCGGUGCCCGAUGCUGUUUCCGAGGCGGUGCCCUAUGCAGUUCCCGAGGCGGUGCUCGAUGCAGUUCCCGAGGCGGUGCUCGAUGCAGUUCCCGAGGCGGUGCCCGAUGCAGUUCCCGAGGCGGUGCCCGAUGCAGUUCCCGAGGCGGUGCCCGAGGCGGAGCCCGAUGCUGUUCCCGAGGCGGAGCCCGAUGCUGUUCCCGAGGCGGAGCCCGAUGCAGUUCCCGAGGCGGUGCUCGAUGCUGUUCCCGAGGCGGUGCCCGAUGCUGUUUCCGAGGCGGUGCCCGAUGCAGUUCCCGAGGCGGAGCCCGAUGCAGUUCCCGAGGCGGAGCCUGAUGCAGUUCCCGAGGCGGUGCCCGAUGCUGUUUCCGAGGCGGUGCCCGAUGCAGUUCCCGAGGCGGAGCCCGAUGCUGUUUCCGAGGCGGAGCCCGAUGCAGUUCCCGAGGCGGAGCCCGAUGCAGUUCCCGAGGCGGAGCCCGAUGCAGUUCCCGAGGCGGUGCCCGAUGCAGUUCCCGAGGCGGUGCCCGAUGCUGUUUCCGAGGCGGUGCCCGAUGCAGUUCCCGAGGCGGUGCCCGAUGCAGUUCCCGAGGCGAAGCCCGAUGCAGUUCCCGAGGCGGAGCCCGAUGCUGUUCCCGAGGCGGUGCCCGAUGCUGUUCCCGAGGCGGUGCCCGAUGCUGUUCCCGAGGCGGUGCCCGAGGUUGUUCCCGAGGCGGUGCCCGAUGUUGUUCCCGAGGCGGUGUCCGUUACAGUUCCCGAGGCGGUGACCACAAGGCCGUGGUGGUCUUCGGCUCCGCCCUGGGAGACUCUGGCGGUGACCACGAGGACGUGGUGGUCAUCCGCUCCGCCCUGGGGGACUCUGGCGGUGACCACAAGGACGUGGUGGUCGUCCGCUCCACCCUGGGGGACUCUGGUGGUGACCACGAGGACGUGGUGGUCAUCCGCUCCGCCCUGGGGGACUCUGGCGGUGACCACGAGGACGUGGUGGUCGUCCGCUCCACCCUGGGGGACUCUGGUGAUGACCAUGAGGACGUGGUGGUUUUCUGCUCCGACCUGGUGGACUCCGGCCUCGACCACAGAGACGUGGUGGUCUUCCGCUCCGCCCUGGAGGGCUCUGGCCUUGACCACACGGCUGUGGUGGUCAUCUGCUCCGUCCUAGUGGACACCUCAACAUGUCCUUCAUGGACUUAUGUUUUGUGUUUUUUGAGUUCUGUUUCUGUCUGUUCUCUUUAGUUUAGUCUGGCCCUCCGUCCCUCCCCCUGUACCUCCUCCGGUCCUCCUCCCUCCUGAUCUCCCGGGUUUAUGUAUCAUUUCUGGUGUUUGUCCCCCAUGUGUUCCUUUUCUGGCCCUCCGUCCCUCCCCCUGAGCCUCCACCUGUCCGCCUCCCUCCUGGUCUCUGUGUCAUGUUUUGUCUUUAAGCGUCUGGUAGCCGCUCCGUAGAGGGGGGGUACUGUCACAGUGUCUGGGUUGUUGUUCCCCGGGGUUCCACUAGAUGUCCUCCUUCUCACGGUGCCUGUCCCAGAUCACUUCCUGUUCCCUUAUAUGGUCACCUUCCUCCUUGUUACCUGAUUGAUUGUUCACCCCACCUGUCUCCUGUUUCCCAAUUAUCCUUCUGUGUAUAAAUACCCAGUCUGUCUUAGUCUAUGUCACGGAGUCCUUGUCUGAUGUCAUUGUGUUUCAGGUCCAUCAGUCUUGCUUUGUCUUACCCUAUGUGUCUCAUUCUCUCGUUCCACCAGACUUCCUCUACCUUUCCAUUCUUCCGAGUUCCCCGUUUCAUCCGGUUCCCUUUUUGUUUGAUUUGUCUCUCAUGACUGUUUAUUUUGUAUUUACCCCUCUGUUUAAAUAAAACCCUUACCUGCA